CCCAGGCCCCGCCCCGCGGCGCCGCGCAAGCCCGGUCGUGGCCACCCCAGUGCGCCGAGCCUGGGCGGGGCAGGCAGACGGAGGCCGGGAACCGUGAAGCGAGGUGCUUCCCGCUUUCCCGGCGCCGGGUCCCGGGCCCGCCAUGGAGCCCCGGGCGGUUGCGGAUGCCGUGGAGACGGGGGAGGAGGACGUAGUUAUGGAGGCUCUUCGCGCAUACAACCGGGAGAACUGCCAGAGUUUCACGUUUGAUGCUGCCCAACAGGAGGACAGGAAGAGACUGGCGGAGCUGCUGGUCUCGGUCCUGGAGCAGGGCCUGCCACCUUCCCGCCGCAUCAUCUGGCUGCAGAGCAUCCGCAUCUUGUCUAGGGACCGCAGCUGCCUGGACUCAUUCACCAGCCGCCGGAGCCUGCAGGCACUUGCCUGCUAUGCUGGCAUCUCCGCCUCCCAGGGCUCGGUCCCCGAACCCCUGGACAUGGAUGUUGUGCUUGAGUCCCUUAAGUGCCUGUGCAACCUUGUGUUAAGCAGCCCCGUGGCACAGGUGCUGGCGGCAGAGGCGGGUCUAGUGGUGAGGCUCGCAGAGCGAGUGGGGCUGUACCGCCAGAGCAGCUUCCCGCACGACGUCCAGUUCUUUGACUUGCGUCUCCUCUUCUUGCUAACGGCACUUCGCGCCGAUGUGCGCCAGCAGCUGUUUCAGGAGCUGCAGGGAGUGCACCUGCUGACCGAAGCGCUGGAGCUGACGCUGGGAAUGACCCCUGGAGAGAGGCCCCCUGAGCUCCUGCCUCCCCAGGAGACUGAGCGAGCCAUGGAGAUCCUCAAAGUGCUCUUCAACAUCACCUUCGACUCCAUCAAGAGGGAAGUGGACGAGGAAGACACUGCCCUUUACCGGCACCUGGGGACCCUUCUGCGGCACUGCGUGAUGGCUGCUGCUGCUGGAGACCGCACAGAGGAGUUCCACGGCCACACGGUGAACCUCCUGGGGAACUUGCCCCUCAAAUGUCUGGACGUUCUUCUCACCCUGGAACCCCACGAAGGCUCUUUGGAGUUCCUGGGAGUGAACAUGGAUGUGAUUCGUGUUCUCCUCAGCUUCUUGGAGAAGCGUCUGCACCAGACGCACAGGCUGAAGGAGAGUGUGGCUCCCGUGCUGAGCGUGCUGACGGAGUGUGCCCGCAUGCACCGCCCCGCCAGGAAGUUCCUGAAGGCCCAGGUGCUGCCCCCGUUGCGGGAUGUGAGGACCCGGCCCGAGGUGGGGGAGCUGUUGCGGAACAAGCUGGUUCGCCUCAUGACGCACCUGGACACCGACGUGAAGAGGGUGGCAGCCGAGUUCCUGUUUGUCCUGUGCUCUGAGAGCGUGCCCCGAUUCAUCAAGUACACAGGCUACGGGAAUGCUGCCGGCCUCCUGGCUGCUAGGGGCCUCAUGGCAGGGGGCCGGCCUGAGGGCCAGUACUCGGAGGACGAGGACACGGACACAGACGAGUACAAGGAAGCCAAGGCCAGCAUAAACCCAGUGACUGGAAGGGUAGAGGAAAAGCCUCCCAACCCCAUGGAGGGCAUGACAGAGGAGCAGAAAGAGCAUGAGGCCAUGAAGCUGGUGAACAUGUUUGACAAGCUCUCCAGGCACAGAGUCAUCCAGCCCAUGGGGAUGAGUCCCCGGGGUCAGCUCACAUCCCUGCAGGAUGCCAUGUGCAAGACCAUGGAGGGACAGCUCUCCUCGGACCCUGACUCGGACCCUGACUGAGAACGGCUGCUCUUCCGCUGCCCUUCAGAACUGGUGCUGCUUCCAGAGGAGUCCUGGGGGCCAGGACCUGGGGAAGCCACAUCCCUCCCUCCAACUCGGAGACCCUUUUCUCUUUACUCCCACACUUCUAUUCGUGAUUUGCCUUUGGUCCAUUUUCUUCUCUUUAGGGCUGCGAGGGUCUUGUCCUAUGAACUCUGGGAACUCAGCCUUGCUUUCCGCAAAUGAAGUGGUUUCUUUUAUGUGUGCCUGAGGGCAGGGCUUAACUGAAGGCAGAAAUGUACAUGGGUUUGGGAGGGCGGGGGCUGAGUGAGACACAGCACAUCCACAGCUGGCAUGCAGGCCCAGAGCUGGUGUUGGGCAAGCACCACAUUUCACAGGGGAAAGAACCUGCUGGAACUUUAUAUGCUAAUGCCAGAAACACACAAGGUAGGAUCUGCUGUUUUUGUCCCCACUGAGUGCACGGCUGGCAGCCUCUUGCAUUCUCGGUCCUGGCUCAGUGCCCAAGUUCUCUGGUUGUGACAGUUGGGUCUCAGUCCUUCCCACUGGUUUCAACCAUAAAUACAUGAAGGAAAAUGUCUCUCCUGAAACCAUAAGUCUAGAUUUCUGUCAUGCACCACAGAGCUUCACAGAAACAUUAUUCUGGAAUAAAGAGUUCCAGGCAGGGAUGUUUGUGUGUGAAUACGUGUGCAAGAUACCAAGUAAAGGCACGUUAAGCAGAAAUAGAAUCAUGUUUUUCUUACAA